GGUUUAAUCCCCGCCCCCCGCGGGCGGCGCUGUCUUUCGGCGUCGGGCCGCGUGAGGGGAAGCAGCGCGCUCCGCCGCCGCCGUCGAGAUGCGUUACGUCGCCGCCUACCUCCUGGCCGUCCUCGGGGGCAACGAUUCCCCGGCCCUGAAGGACCUCAAGAAGAUCCUGGACAGCGUGGGCAUCGAGACGGAUGAUGAACGCUUGAAGAAGGUGAUCGGCGAGCUGAACGGAAAGAACAUCGAAGACGUCAUCGCUCAGGGCAACAGCAAGCUGGCCAGCCUGCCGUCCGGAGGAGCCGUGGCCGUCUCGGCCAGCGCCGGGCCCGCCGCCCCGGCCGCCGGGGGGUCCGCCCCCGCUGCCGCCGAGGAGAAGAAGAAGGAAGAGAAGAAAGAGGAGUCCGAAGAGUCGGACGACGACAUGGGCUUCGGCCUGUUCGACUAAGCGCCCGCCCCGACCGAAGUAAAUAAACCCUUUUAUUUAGAAAG